CCGGUCAAGCCUGAGCCGCAAUGGCUGAGAUGGGCAGCAAGGGGGUGACGGCGGGGAAGAUCGCCAGCAACGUGCAGAAGAAGCUCACUCGCGCGCAGGAGAAGGUCCUCCAGAAACUGGGGAAGGCGGAUGAGACAAAGGAUGAGCAGUUUGAACAGUGUGUCCAGAAUUUCAACAAGCAGCUGACGGAGGGCACCCGGCUGCAGAAGGAUCUCCGGACCUACCUGGCCUCCGUCAAAGCCAUGCAUGAGGCCUCCAAGAAGCUGAACGAGUGUCUGCAGGAGGUGUACGAGCCUGACUGGCCUGGCAGGGAUGAAGCGAACAAGAUCACUGAGAACAAUGACCUGCUCUGGGUGGAUUACCACCAGAAGCUGGUGGACCAGGCGCUGCUGACCAUGGACACGUACCUGGGCCAGUUCCCUGACAUCAAGUCACGCAUCGCCAAGCGUGGGCGGAAGCUGGUUGACUACGACAGUGCCCGGCACCAUUAUGAGUCCCUCCAAACCGCCAAGAAGAAGGAUGAUGCCAAAAUUGCUAAGCCUGUCUCGCUGCUUGAGAAAGCCGCCCCCCAGUGGUGCCAAGGCAAACUGCAGGCUCAUCUCGUAGCUCAAACUAACCUGCUCCGAAAUCAGGCCGAGGAGGAGCUCAUCAAAGCCCAGAAGGUGUUUGAGGAGAUGAAUGUGGAUCUGCAGGAGGAGCUGCCGUCCCUGUGGAACAGCCGUGUGGGUUUCUAUGUCAACACAUUUCAGAGCAUCGCAGGCCUGGAGGAGAACUUCCACAAGGAGAUGAGUAAGCUCAACCAGAACCUCAACGAUGUGCUGGUCAGCCUGGAGAAGCAGCAUGGGAGCAACACCUUCACGAUCAAGGCCCAGCCCAGUGACAACGCCCCUGCAAAAGGGAACAAGAGCCCCUCUCCUCCGCCUGAUGGCUCCCCUGCCGCCACCCCCGAGAUCAGAGUCAACCACGAGCCCGAGCCGGCUGCUGCGGCCACCCCCGGGGCCGCCCUCCCCAAAUCCCCGUCUCAGCUCCGGAAAGGCCCACCGGUCCCUCCGCCUCCCAAACACACCCUGUGCACGGAGGUCAAGCAGCAGCAGACCCUCAGCCUGUUUGAGGACACAACUGUCCCUGAGAUCAGCGUGACCACCCCCUCCCAGUUUGAGGCCCCGGGGCCUUUCUCGGAGCAGGCCAGUCUGCUGGACCUGGACUUUGACCCCCUCCCACCUGUGGCAAGCCCUGUGAAGGCGCCCACGCCCUCUGGUCAGUCAAUUCCGUGGGACCUCUGGGAGCCCACAGAGAGUCCAGCUGGCAGCCUGCCUUCCAGGGAGCCCAGCGCUGCCGAGGGCACCUUUGCCGUGGCCUGGCCCAGCCAGACGGCCGAGCCGGGGCCUGCCCAACCAGCAGGGGCCUCGGAGGUGACGUGUGGGACCCACCCUGCGGCUGGAGCCCAGGAGCCCGGGGAGACAGCAGCAAGUGAAGCAGCCUCCAGCUCUCUCCCCGCGGUGGUGGUGGAGACCUUCUCGGCAGCUGUGAACGGCACCGUGGAGGGCGGCAGUGGGGCAGGGCGCCUGGAUCUGCCCCCCGGGUUCAUGUUCAAGGUGCAGGCCCAGCACGACUACACGGCCACUGACACGGACGAGCUGCAGCUCAAAGCUGGGGACGUGGUGCUGGUGAUCCCCUUCCAGAACCCGGAGGAGCAGGAUGAAGGCUGGCUCAUGGGCGUGAAGGAGAGCGACUGGAAUCUGCACAAGGAACUGGAGAAGUGCCGGGGCGUCUUCCCCGAGAACUUCACCGCGAGGGUGCAGUGAGAGCAGAGCGACUGGUGGUGCUGCGGACACGUGAACAGCAGCACCUUUUCCCGAAAAAUGUGUGUUUCUUUUUUUUUUUUUUUUUUCGUUUUUGUUUUUAAACUUUUGAAAAGCAAAGGGAAAUUGAGGGGAGAGACCUAAGCCAGGAGGUGUCUUCCCAAAGAUGAGGUGGUUUUCCAAAGAGCCUGGUUUCGGCGAGUCCGGCG